UUUAUAGACUUCAAGAUGACGGUUCCAAAUGAAUACCCAGCCUCUCAUGUUCAGUUGGAAUUUAAAGAGAGCAAUCUGCCAGUCGAUCUGUACCACAUAAUGAAAGGCCAAACAGUCGAACUAUUGAGACAAUGCAUAGAACCACCUAUCAGAAGAAACCCACGUGCUGGGCCCUUUGUUCCCAGACCUUCAUUGCAGUUCAUUACUAAUUAUUUGGUGGUUGAUUGUCUCAGGAACAUUACAACUGAUUCCUGUCCUGUAUGCAAUAAAAGAGCUUUACCAACUGAUCCCAAGGACAUUAUUAAUGAUGAAGGUCAUCCUCAGUAUGUGUAUCGUAUCUACUGUGGACACUUGUAUCACUUCCAAUGUCUUGAUAGUUAUAUGAAAACACCUCCAUUUACAGGUGGGAAGAAGUGUGUGAAGUGUGGGCAGAGGGUGUUUCAUGAUAAAUGGAAUGUUCCUCCAAGAUUGGCCGAUGAGAGAUGGGCCCAUCAAGAGGCAAGGAAAAGAGAGAUUGCUGAAGUGGCUGAAUUUUUAGGAUUUGAUUGAAUCAUGUCCAAUAUUAAAUAUCUUAUUUAUUUUACUUUAAAAUUAAAAACCAA